ACUUUAAAAUGGACAGCAGACAUGACGAUUCAACAUUAACAAAUGCUAUGAUUGGGCUAUCAUCUACGACUGGAACAGCAUUUGUCUCUUUUGUUGUCGGAUGUUUUAUAUUCAUGAAACUGCGUUCACCCAAAGCCAAUCCACGCAAGAAUGCAAAUCAUUCUGAACACGUGAAUCAAGCAAACGACCAAGGAAACGACAUUUCCAGUAGCAGAGUCAAUUUGAAGGCCAGCGCAGAAAUCAGCAGCUACUCCACGUUACAAAUAUAUGAGAACACAACCCUUAGAGAGCCAUACAAACCUGUGCAGAUUGCGGGAGAUUCUUAAGCAUGUAAUAUGUAGUCAUUGUUUUGAAUUGAUUAACUUUGUUGCAAACAUAUGAUUGUUCAGCUUUACAAUGUUUAUUCAUGAAACUGUUUUACAAAUCAAGGAUUCUUGCUCAGUUUCAGGUGUGUUUUUUUUGUUUUGUUUUUAAGAACCUAGAUCCAUAUGGCAUAGACACAAGAAUUAUGAGAAAUACGAUAUAUUUUGUAAACUAAUAAAUGGAUACAUAUUUGCAUAUAUAAUAUGUAAUACAUUGUUCUUCGUUGUUCCACGGUACUCUUAGCUAAUGAUGAGUGUGCAGUUUUACUAUGUUUCAUCAUAGAAUUGUUCCAACAAACUCGGAAUCUUGCCCAGUUUCAGUAUAAUUCAAGAACUAUACCCAUAUGGGUAUCAGUUGUAAUGACAAGGAACAAAAGGACAUACAAGACAAACAAAUCAUUAGUACAAUAUACUAGUUUAAAACUGAUAGAUGGAUACAUAUUAACUUAAAUCAAUAAAAUGUCCACACACCCCGCAUCCACCUUGCUCAAACACAUGAUACGGUGAAAUGGAUAUAAACAUCACUGCAAUAACCUUGGGAUUACAGAUAUAGACAGAUGGAAAUGAUUUACGCAUUGAACAAAAAAGAAAAUUUCAAACGGAUAUCUAAGAGAUUGUUCUUUUUUUAAUAUUUUAUUAUCAUUUAGGGUAUUCAUACGUGAGAAUGAAUUGGGAAAUGUAUUUGUUUCAAUCAACACAUGGACAAUAUAAAGAUAGCUAUAUCCCAAAAAUUGGGCUUCGAAUACAAGUAUUUGGGUGUUGUUGACAUUAAUUAUAUUUACGUAAUUCAUCAAUAGUAUCCAUAUAGGUGUAUUGUAAACGAUGCAAAUGAUAUGAAUAAAGCGUUAGAUUUUU